AUGGGUCACUCCAUCUCUAAGAGCGAAUCCGAUGUCGGAUUAGAGUCUGACAACAAGGAAGAAGAACGACUGCAAAAAUUGGUCACCGCCAACGAAAUUGCCCAAUAUGAGAAAGUGAUUCUCACCAAAUUGUCGGAUAUUAAAAAUUUAGAUUCACUUCCUCCUCUGGUACUGAAAGAUCUCGUUUGUAAUUUAUUUUUGAAAGAAUCCAUUCGGAAAUGUUAUUUGUCACUAUCUGUCGAUGAAUUAGUGGAAUAUAUUGGAAAUCUUCUCACUAUUUAUGAAAAUAACACAAAAAGUGCCUUCGCUUCUUUCUAUCGGAAUUCAAAACUGCCAAGUGUCGUUUCUGAGCUGAAACAAACACCUUGUAUUCAACUUCCAAAAGAUAAUGUAUUGAAAGUACGAUUAGUAUUGAUACAAGCACCUAAAGAAUUUUCAAGCAUGACCGUAUUUGAUAUAUAUUGUCCAAUUAUUGACAAUUUUUCGUCCAUGUUUCCUUCUCAAUGGUAUAAUGCUGCAUUUAAUGAUUAUGAAAAUUUUGUGAACACACAAGUGACAAAUCAGAGUUUGAAAAUUAUUCCAGCGAUUGCUAUUGGACCCUAUGUAUUAUAUUAUAAUUCGUUAGGACUUGUCAUUCCAAGAAGAGCAAUUGGAGAGGCAGCCUUUAUGUUAUCUGAAAUUGAUCCAAUUGCUUGCCUUUCAGUCAAUGAAGAAGCAGUCAAGCAAUUAUCAACCUUAAUAUUCAUGUGGAACACAAAAGAGCGAUACAGCUCACAAUCCAAUAAUGCUCAACACUUUGUUGAUCAUGUGAUGAGUCUCUUUUCCAUUUCACUUCAAGACAAAUCUCCCUCUUUUGUGGAAUAUCUGACACAAAUUCGAGCCAGUGGUUUUGGAGAUGCAACCAUUCAUUUCACAAACGAAUUUCGAAUUCAAUUUAAAAUCAAACGCUUAGAAAAAACAUUUUCAGAUCGUGCAGAUCUAUGCACCUUUUGUUCCAAAUUAUUUCAACGAAAAUUCUCAAAAGAAACUCACUCAGAUGAAUAUUCCUUAUUAAGAAAUUUUGAUAGAAUAUUUUGGUGUGAAAUUUCACAAAUUAAGAAAUAUUCACAAAUUAUUUUUGAAAAUCAAAAUUCCAGAAGCACAGUCUCAGCUGGGAACGAUCAUGAACAACCUCACAAUACAACUCCAACACAACCAUUUAACAAUGACACACUUCAUGCGAAUAAUAUUAUUGACGUCGACAAUGAAUCUUCUCAACAACAACAACAACCGUUGGUGCCGAAUCCAUUUUCAGAUCCAAAUGUUCUAUGUCCAGAAGCUUUUAAAUCUAAAAAGUCAUGGUUUUGA